GUGAUCCGACUUUGUGGUCUAGAAAGACAGAGCGAGAGAGAGCGAGUGAAAGAGAGACACCCCGAGCCGCCUUUGCUUCUUGUUUCUGCUGCAUCUGUGUGUCUGGAGCUCUUCUUGUGGAACAAACAGCCAGGAGUUCAAAUGGGCUGAAGCAGCUGUUUGCUUCACUUUACCACCGAUCCAUGUGUCAGGAUGACCAGCAACAGCAAAACGGUGAACUCCGCUGCAAUAAAAGCAGAGAUCAAGAGGCAUGAUUCCCUCCAGACUGCAAUCAACAGACUGGCCAAGCAGUUUGAAAGGGUGGGGGAUCAACAGCUGCGCUCGGGCCUUAAAGUUUACCUCCACAGUAUUCAAGUAAAUAUUGCCAACAGCCAGGAGUGGACGCUGAGCAGAUCCAUCCCCGAGCUGAGACUGGGUGUUCUGGGGAGUCUGAAAAGUGGCAAAUCGGCGCUGGUAAACAAAUACAUCACAGGCAGUUACUCCGCAGUCGAGAAACCUGAUGGUGGCCGGUACAAAAAGGAAGUGCUGGUGGAUGGUCAGAGUCAUUUAUUAUUGAUCAGAGAGGAGGCUGGACCACCUGAUGCACAGUUCAGCAGCUGGGCUGAUGCAGUCAUCCUGGUCUUCAGUCUGGAGAAUGAGGCCAGUUUCCAGGAGCUCUAUCAGCUCUACAGCCAGCUCAGCGCCUUCCGCUCAGACAUCCCAGUCAUAGUGGUCGGCACACAAGAUAAAAUCAGCAGCACCAACCCUCGCGUGAUUGAAGAUCAGAGAGCCAGACAGCUGUGCAUUGACGUGCGUCACUCCCUCUUCUACGAGACCUGCGCCACCUACGGGUUCAACGUUGACCGAGUGUUUUCAGAGGCUGCUCAGAAGAUUGUAGCUCAGAAGAAGCAGGCGGCACUUCAGGCCUGCAAGUCUCUGCCUAACUCACCCAGUCACUCGGGAGGCUCCACACCUGGAUCAGCGUCGUUCCCUGGACAGGCCAGUAAUGGCCCCAGUAUCGGCUACGCCUACUCCCUCCCCUCCACCCCUGUGGUGAGCCACAGAGAGCUACGAGUUGCACAGGGAGACGGGGGAGGCAGCGUCAACGCUCGCUCGCUGAAGAGCAUCCCCAGACGGCCCUCGCUCUUCAAGAACCGGGACACAGACAAAAGAGGUGGCGACGCUAAAGGCGACCUGAGCAGCCUGCGGGGUGUUCCAAUCAAACAGGGCAUCCUGUGGAAGAGGAGUGGGAGCUCUCUGAAUAAGGAGUGGAAGAAGAAAUACGUCACCCUGUCCAACAAUGGCACGCUGUCUUAUCACUCCAGCUCCAGUGACUACACGCAGAAUACCCACGGAAAGGAAAUCGAUCUGCUGCGUGUGACUGUUAAAGUUCCUGGGAAACGUCCUCCAAGAGCAGUCGCACCGACAGGCCCCUCGCCUGCCCCCCCUGGAGCUGUGCCUGGAGUCAACGGGCUGAGUAAAGAGCUGCCAGCCGCUGAUAGCACCAGUACAGUUCCUCAGUUGUGUCCAGCUACCCUCUCUGUCGUUGCCGAUGACCGGUCUGGCGGUUUGUCCCCUCAAGGAGGUGAACGAGGACUUCAGCGCUGCCCCUCCUCAUUGUCCACCAAAGCACAAAGUGUCGAUGCCCUGGAAGCGACAGCCGGUUCGUUUGGUGGAAAAGAUCCCAGCCAAUCAUCUCCCAUGAGCGACAGGAAGAAGAACAGGAGGAAGAAGAGCAUGAAUCAGAAAGGGGAUGCAGCCGUCGGGCAAGCCGAAGAGGAAGAGAAUGCUGACUUCAUCAUAGUGUCGUUUACUGGGCAGACAUGGCACUUUGAAGCUUCGAACAUGGACGAGAGGGACUCGUGGGUCACAGCUAUAGAGAGCCAAAUCCUGGCAAGUCUUGGUUCCUGUGAGAGUGGCAGAAACAAGGCGCGGAGGAGCAGUCAGAGCGAGGCCGUAGCGCUGCAGGCCAUCCGAAAUGCCAAAGGCAACAGUCAGUGUGUGGACUGCGAAGCACCGAAUCCCACCUGGGCCAGUCUCAAUCUGGGUGCGCUGAUCUGCAUCGAGUGCUCAGGGAUCCACCGAAACCUGGGGACUCACCUGUCCCGUGUGCGCUCGCUGGACCUGGACGACUGGCCGGGAGAGCUCACACAGGUGCUGGCUGCCAUCGGAAACCACAUGGCCAACAGCAUCUGGGAGAGCUGCACCCAAGGACGGACCAAACCCACACCGAGUGCGACACGAGAGGAGCGAGAGUCGUGGAUCCGUGCCAAGUAUGAACAGCGAGCCUUUGUGCCGCCUCUUGUGCCGGCCUCAGGGACGCAGCUUCCAGAUGACGGUGUGCCGGUGUGGCUGCUAUCUGCAGUGACCGACAGAGAUCUGCCCAGGCUGCUGCUCCUUCUGGCCCACAGCACUAAAGAACAAAUCAACGCGCCGCCGGCCGGUUCGCCUUCGCUGCCGCGCACGGCUCUGCACGCUGCCUGCCAGCUGGGAGACGUGGUCAUGACACAGCUGCUCAUCUGGUAUGGAAUCGAUGUGAAAGCGAAAGAUAACCAAGGCCAGACGGCCAUGAUGCUGGCCACGAAAAAAGGGAGCAAAAGCUGCAUCGAUAUUUUGCUCCAGCACGGCUGCCCCAACGAAACGUCGCCCACCGCUGCCACGCCCGUCCUCAGUCGCCGCUCCAGCACCGCCAGCCUGGGCCGGACCAGCUCCAGGAAACGGUAGCGUGGACUGAAAACGCUGCCACAGAAAACAUUUUUAAUGUGUGGAAACGGGCAGAGCUGAACAUGGAGAGGGGUGUAGUAUAACGAAAUGACAGCACUGGAUAUCAUUAGUAUAACGGAUGAAAAACAUUGUUUCUGAAGACUGAACAACAUAUCAAACCACUUAAAAAGCAAUAUUCAUUCAAUUUGUUGAUUGCAGGCAUAUUGCUGAAUUAUUGUGCCGUUGACCUCAUUUCAAAAUGACUCAAGUAGACCUGUAGCGGAUUGCUUCUGUUUCACUUCCUCUGCAAGAAGUGCAAUAAUUCAGCUACGAUGAUGAAAAGCAACAAAUUUUAGCGCAGAUGACUCAACUCAGUGCAUCGAGAGGGUGAUGCUUUUAUUCAGACCUGCUGUGACUGGACCAAAACUGCUACUUUUUUUUCUUCCUUGGCUUUCCGAACAAAGCAUAAACCAACAAUAUGUCAUGGUGUUAGUUAUGUGAGCCUGUCAGUUUGACUGUAUAAACUGUUUUCCAGCAACGAAUCAGCUGAGAUUAUUCUACUUAGACUAGAAAAAUGAAUGGUUUGGAGUAUGACCUAUGUCAGUGUUAGGACCACAGGUCCGAGAUAUGACGUUUUAUUCUACUAUAAAUGUAUCUAGACUACAUGCUUAAUGUUAAACUCUGUAACGAAGACACAACUGAAAAAACCAGACUGCAUUUUGUAAUGAUUUCUUACUGGUAGUUCUAAAAGCUUGUUUUGUUUUGUUUUCCAUUGUCUUUUAUAAUUUCUUAUUCUCUCAUAUGUCAUAAAGCAGUAAGCGGAUGGAUUUACAAUUAUGUAAACAUGUGGAUAAAGUUUUAUUUGGGAUAUCGAGAGCGAAUACGUGAAGUCUGCAACAUAAUUCACAUUCAUCUUACUGUUGUGUAGGUCGAUCCCAUGAGUUUACAGUGAAGCGGCCGAAGGUGAGUCAUGUGAGUCCCUCAUGAGCUAAAACAAAUGGUUACCAGAAUAAAGUAAUAAACUUUUUUUUAAAUAAG